ACAUUAGUUGAGCAGUGGGGAGGGAGAGUUAUCUGGGGCAACACAGCUUAUUGGGAGGGCAGAGGCAGGCAGGCUUGCACACAUGGGGGCAGUGGGUGGGUAGAGGGUUCUCUAGUCUGACCCCCCCCCCCCCAUCCCUACUGCUCCCUUCUGUAGGAGCACCUUGGAGAGAAGGCUUUCUCUGAAUGGGAUGCAAGAGAGGGUGUGUCUCUUUGAAGGCGGAUGCUUGCCCUAUUUUUUAUAUGAUCUUUGGCAAAGUGCUCGAAGGGUUCAGGCUACCGAUGUAUUUGAGCCUCAGUCUGGUCCAUGCCACUGAAGAGGAAAAAGAAGCCUUUGCAAAAAUCCAGGAUUGCUACAAUGAGGCAGGAAUAAAGGCCAAGUUAUUGGAUUUGCUUGUCAUGACAACCAUCACUACCAGCAAAACAUGUGUCAAUUCCACAGUGGAUGAGGUGCUCAGCAUUCUGAAGGAUCUCCGGGAGAAAUUACUUCCUAAAGUGGAAGCUCUGCAGCCAGUACAGGGCACCGGUUCCUUACUUGGGCUCUAGUGUCCUGCUGUUUCCCCUCUCACACAGCGGGAGUGCCAACAUCAGCCUUGUUCCAGUUCCAACAGGUUGAGUCUAAUAAAAUCACUGAAGCUUA